AUGUUGAAUUUGUCGAAGCUUGAGUUUGUGGCACUUGAUAUCUCCGGAAAGAAUUACCUAUCAUGGGUACUCGAUGCUGAAAUUCACCUAGACGCCAAAGGUCUUGGUGCCACUAUUACUCAGGAUAAUACAGCAUCGAGUCAGGACAAAGCGAAGGCAAUGAUUUUCCUUCGUCAUCAUCUGGAUGAAGGAUUGAAGGAUUUUAAAACUGUAUGUGAUUAUAACUCUGCUGUUUAUACAAUUACUUCCCAAUUGAAGUUAUGUAGGGAUAAUAUAACUGAUGAGGAUAUGUUGGAAAAGACUCUUACUACUUUUCAUGCCUCCAAUUUGCAUAAUACCGUUUUAUUGAAAAAUCAUGAAGCCCGUCCCAUUGGAACUGCUCCAUUCCCGGAAGCGAAUGUGAUAGCAGCACAUGGCCCAGCUGAAAGACAAAAUAAUUGGGGCCAUGAUAAUGAGCGUGGUCGUGGCAAGGGCAAAGGACUAUAUAAUAAUCGUCGUGAUGGUGGUCACCAUAAAAGGGAGAACAAUAUGGGUUAUCAAGGCAAUCCUUCAAGGAGCAAUUGUUAUCGUUGUGGUUUGAAAGGUCACUGGAAAAAUGAAUGCCGGGCACCUGAACAUUUUGCUAGGCUUUAUCAAAAUUCCUUCAAAAGAAAGGCAAAUAGAGGUGUUGCCUCUUCUGCUAAUGCCCGGGUGGAGUCACACAUGACUUUAGAGAAUGAUGAGGAGGCAGGGCCUUCACGAAAAUAUGAUGAUAAUGUUGAAGCUAAUUUGACUUUGAAAGAUGAUGAUUUUGAUGGGCUUGAUGAUAUUACUCAUUUGGAAGUUGAAGACUUCUUUGGAGAUCAAAAUUGA